AUGCUCUGCUAUGUCGGAAAAGCAACUAAGAUUUUCAUUUUCAUCGUCACCGUUGUUGUCGUCAUUGGUCUCGUCGUAGGCUUCGGUAUCCACCGUCGUCACUCACACCACUGCUCCGGCGACUAUUGCUCAUCUCCCACCGAUUCUUCUUUUUCGGAGCUAUGGCAAAUGGAAAAACGAACAGUCCCUUCCUCUCCCACUUCCCCUUUCAUAACUCCCUUUCCUAAUCCUAAUCCGAACCCGCCUCUACUCGGAUCUUCCCUGCCCGCCCCACCCGACUCAUCAUCAUCACCAAACCCAUCUGUUCCGAUCACCCCAAUUCUGCCGGCGCCGAUCGUAAACUCUAGUUCUCCUCCGCCUCCGUCUAAUCAGAAUCCUCUGCCGCAACUUCCACCUCCUCCGCCUGAUUCAGAUAUAACCACCACACCGCCUCCACCUGCAUCGUCGCAGACAUCAAUCGCGCCGCCACCUCCAGCUCUAGAAUCGACAUCACCGCCAUUAAAUCCGCCGACCUCCGUCGUCAAUACUUCCGCUCCUGUGCAUGCGAAGCUGGUGAACGACUAA